AUGCCAAAUCUUCAAGAAUUAACUUUGUACAUAAUUAUCGUGGAUGGAACUGUAUUUAUCAAUGGUGGAGACAUUUAUAAUGAAAUUCUUGUUCAUAUGCCACGACUUCAUUUAUUUAACUUCUUGAUUUCUUCGCACGCUGAAAUAGAUAAUUUAGUUUAUCAUGCAUCGAAAGAUGAUAUUCAACAAACUCUUAGUAAUAUAAAAUAUCAAGAAGUGGAUUGUAUUGUAAACUAUGAUUACAUUUUAGUAGAAUGUCAUAUCUUUUCAUUACCGUUCAUGUUUGAAGAUCUUAUCGGUAUUGGUAAUGCAUUUCCAAGUAUUAUUUUCAGCCAUGUUACAUUCUUGCAGGUGAAUGAUAAAGCUCCAUUCGAACAUGAAUUUUUUCAGCAAAUUGCUUGGUCUUUUCCUUUUCUUAAACAAUUAAAUGUUCUGAAUAUUAAUCGACAAUCAUCAAUAUUAACCAUAUUGAACUCAAAUGAUAAUCUAUUGUAUUCAAUUGUUAAAUAUCUUUAUCUUAUGUCGCUUUAUCUUACGCACGCUCAUAUUGAUAAUGUCGAACAAUUUCUCAAUGAGACAAAAACACGUCUACCUCGUUUAACUACAUUAGUAGUCAAUUGUAAGGAUUUAACAAUCAUCACUGACAACUUUACAAGAGAUGCAAUGCGAAUUAAUUGUAUCAAUGUAAAAGAAUUAAAUGUCUUUAGAAAAAUAGAACAGUCAAAAGAUUUCUGUAUUUAUUUUCCUUUGUUAAAACCUUGUUCUUGUUCUUGCUAA